UGACAUCUUAGGUAGGUAGGUAGGGUUAGGUAGGUAGGUAGGAUUGAGGUGAGGUGUGUCGUGGUCGAGGAACAACGGCCCCUCUAAGACCAGGGUCCUGAUUGGAUGGCGGGGCACAUCGCAUUUUGACCAUCACCACCCAUUCACCGUGCCACUGUCAGGGGUGUCAUAGGCAAUAUUCCCAUCUCGGCCUCAACUCUAAUCCUUGAUGAGAUCAUUGCUUUCUCAGAUCAACUCGAAUGGGCCGGCAGCUCGAGCCUCCCAGGCGUUGGUUUCUCGCCAGAGCUCCCGCCUAAGGCUCUCAUCACCCAGCCGUCACCUAUCCAGCCAUGGGCAAUGGCGACGUGCCGCCCCAUCCCGGCGCCACCUAGUGACCCUCGCCAUCGAGACCUCAUGUGACGACACCUGCGUGGCCGUGCUGGAGCAGCACCCCACCACUGGCGCCGCUCGGCUGCACUUCAACGCCAAGAUCACAAGCGAUAAUCGCGCCUAUGGCGGCGUGCACCCUUCGACGGCGGUGGCGUCGCACACGGCGCACCUCGCCGGCCUGGUCCGCGACGCCCUGCCGCACCUCCCGCGCGGCGGCGCCCCGCCCGACUUCGUCACCGUCACCCGCGGGCCCGGCAUGCUGGCUAACCUGGCGACCGGGCUCGCCACCGCAAAGGGCCUCGCUGUCGCCUGGGGCGUGCCCCUGCUGGCGGUCAACCACAUGCAGGCGCACGCCCUCACGCCGCGGCUGGUCUCGGCGCUGGAGCUCGGGCGGAGGGACUGGCCCGAAGCGGGAGGCGGAGCUGGAGAGGGCGGUGUUUCCGACCCCAGCAGCCCCGAGGGCCGGGAUGCAGCCGGGGUCCCCGAUGGCGGUCACCGGCCCGCGUUCCCAUUCCUGUCCCUCCUCGUUAGCGGCGGCCACACGAUGCUGGUCCUCUCGCGCAGCCUGUGCUCGCACAAGAUCCUCGUCCCCGACGCCGGCAACCUGGCGAUCGGCGACAUGCUCGACAAGUGCGCGCGCGAGAUCCUGCCGCCAGAGGUGCUCGCCGCCGUGCCGGACACCAUGUACGGCGCGGCCCUGGAAUCCUUCGCCUUCCCGGAUGCUCCUCCCCUUCCUACCAACAAACCCAACCAGGACGACUCCGCCUCCGACUACGACUACGACUACACCCCACCCCUCCACCGCCGCGACGAGAUCCUCCCCCUCCCCACCCUCCACGGCCCAACCCUCACGCCCCCCCUCUCCACCACCCGCGCCCUAGUCUACAACCUAACCGGCUUCGGCACCCAAGUAACCCGCGCCGCCUCCACCCUUCCCCCAUCAUCCUCCACCUCCUACCUGCCCGCCCGCCGCGCCCUCGCCCGCGCCACCAUGCGCCUAGCCUUCGAGCACCUGGCGAGCCGCCUCCUGCUCUGCCUCUCGCCGCGCGGCGCCGCGCUGCCGCCCGGGCUGCGCGACGAGGUGUCGGCCGCCCGCGACCUCGUCGUCAGCGGCGGCGUCGCCAGCAACCGGUUCCUGAUGCGCGUCCUCCGCUCGUCGCUGGACGCGCGGGGCCACGGGGGGGUGCGCGUCACCGCGCCGCCUCCGGCGCUGUGCACCGACAAUGCGGCCAUGAUCGCGUGGGCUGGGUUGGAGAUGUGGGCGGCGGGUUGGGAGUCGGAGUUGUCCGUCUUGGCGGUGAGGAAGUGGUCGCUGGACCCGGAGAGCGAGGGGGGAGGGAUCCUUGGGGCUGAUGGGUGGGUGAGGAGGGGAGGGACCGGAGUAUAGGUUGUAGGGGUGGGUGGGCUUGAGUUGAGGAUUGGCAAAUUGUUCUGGAGAUAUACCCCGACGCGCAUUUUUAUCACUGUACGAGUAGGCAAACAAAAGGGAAUGGAGAUGAGAAUUCAUUCACAUGGUUUAGACGGGAAUAGAAACGUCAAUGCAGACUGCAACUUCGGAUUAGCCCUGUUGUACA